AUGAAUCCUUCUCCCAUGCUAAGGCAUCCCUCCUGCCCAGCUCAGGACACCAACUGCACCAAGAUUAUGGCCUCCAUCAGUGAAUGGAACAACACAGAAGUAGAAGCCUACCACCUGGUCGACCUUCCUCCCAUCACCCCUACGGCAGUGGUAUUGCCACCCUACUCCCAGAAUGUCUUCCCCACAGCAGAUGUCCCGGACUAUGCUCACUAUACCAUUGGUGCUACCAUCUUGGUUGUGGGGUUCACAGGAGUGCUGGGGAACCUGCUGGUCAUCUACACCUUCUGCAGGAGCCGCAGUCUUCGCACACCCGCUAAUAUGUUCAUCAUCAACCUCGCCAUCAGUGACUUCUUCAUGUCCUUCACCCAAGCCCCAGUGUUUUUCGCCAGCAGCUUGUACAAACGCUGGAUCUUUGGAGAGAAAGGAUGUGAAUUUUAUGCCUUCUGUGGGGCUCUCUUUGGCAUUACCUCCAUGAUAACGCUGAUGGUGAUAGCCCUGGACCGGUACUUUGUGAUCACCCGCCCUCUGGCCUCCAUUGGGAUGAUCUCCAAGAAGAAGACCGGACUCAUCCUCCUGGGAGUCUGGUUGUACUCUCUGGCCUGGAGCCUUCCACCUUUCUUUGGAUGGAGUGCCUACGUCCCGGAAGGGCUGCUCACGUCUUGUUCCUGGGAUUACACAACCUUCACACCAUCUGUCCGUGCUUAUACCAUCCUGCUCUUCUGCUUCGUCUUCUUCAUCCCACUGACUGUGAUCAUCUAUUGCUACAUCUUCAUCUUCAGGGCCAUUAAAGACACCAACAAGGCUGUUCAGAACAUUGGAUCUAGUGCGAGUACUCCAUCCCUGAGGCAUUUUCAAAGGAUGAAGAAUGAAUGGAAGAUGGCAAAGAUUGCCCUGGUGGUCAUCCUACUCUUUGUGUUGUCCUGGGCCCCUUAUUCAACGGUGGCCCUUGUGGCCUUUGCUGGGUAUUCCCAUGUCCUGACUCCCUAUAUGAACUCGGUGCCGGCCAUCAUUGCCAAAGCCUCUGCCAUCCACAAUCCAAUCAUUUAUGCCAUCAGCCACCCCAAGUACAGAAUGGCCAUCGCUCAGAACUUCCCAUGCCUUAGGGCCGUGCUUGGUAUAAGGCACCCGCGCACUCAAUCUUUCAGCAGUUACCGCUUCACCCACCGCUCCACUACAGCCAGCCAAGAGUCCGAUAUCAGCUGGCAGUCUCGAGGGAGACGUCAGCUGUCCUUGGGUUCUGAUAGUGAAGCCGGCUGGAACAACAUUGAGGCAGGUAUCGAAGGCCUGACCUUGAGGAGCCUAGAGGGAUCCUGCGGGAUGGACGAAGAGACCAUGGAAACACGAGAGCCGUCGGCCAGCGCCAAGGCCAAGGGUCAGAGCUGGGAGACUCUGGCGAAGGUGACUGGGCAGGAUGGUGGCCCUGAGGUCAUCCCCAAACUGAAGGGUAGAGACAGUGUGAGUGACAGCAAGGGUGCCAGAGCUGGGUGGAAAUCCCCCCUCUGA